AUGGAAGAUGGAGAAGCUUCAAAUAACCUUUCGGAAAAACUACCAAAAAGAGUCCUCGGCAAUGGUUGCUACCCCGUUGGUGCUCGGUUGAACAUAUAUUCAAAGGCCAAUGUAAUUGGCCUCCUUGUCGAGGCGUUAAAGGGUACUGAAGAUCUUGAGAAGCUACUUCAUUCCCAGUUUGGGAAGUUAUUCCAUCUACCUGUUGCAAGAUGUUGCAACAGCGCCAAACUUCCUCUGAGAUAUUCGAUACGGGAGUUCAAGGAAAUCACUGGAUUGAAUUGCAAUCCCGAACCUGAUAGCACAGAAGAAGAAGAAGAAGUCGUCGCAAAAACAGGAAUCUGGAAAGACCUGUUUGGAAGAGCGAAUGCUAUGAACGUGUAUGAUGUGCUUGACAUGCUAAAGGACCCGGAUCUACCCCGAUGGAAACGGCUUCCAUUGGCCCAAAUCGUUCUUGUCGACGGUGUUCUGUUUUGCAAUAGCAAAAAUCUGGCCCUCACCGAGAAAUACGUUGAGAUGUUGACUGACUUGGAUAGGUUCAUGAUGUAUCCAUGGGAGAGGGUAUCCUUUAACAAAACAGUAUCUCGUUUUCAAGCUCCGAAGGCAAUCACGGAUGCCGAGAAAAGGGAGAAUCCUGUAACACGAUUGCGCCGUCAACUUAAACAGAAAACCAGUGCAUGCUAUGGAUUCCCUCUAUCACCACAACUCAUGACCCUCCAAUCUAUACCAAUGUUGGUUUCCAAAAUUCCUCAACCUGAUAACUUGAAGACAUUCCUUGAAGAGGCUAUGAAGUUUGUUGGCCCUAAGGACUUUCGCCGUUCCCUCGCAAUUUGA